CUUAGGUAUGUGAUGGUUGACGGCACAGAUGGAGACGAUCUCGAACACUUCCCUGUUCAUAAUCACGAUUGUUUGCUGUGUCAACUCUUUUUUAUUAGAUCACAGCAUUCACGUGGACCUGAUACCUGCAAAGACAACAAGCUAUUCAUUACCUCCUGGCAACAUUACAGAAUUUACAGUGAAAAACCUAACCCAGUCUGUAACAUAUGUGACAUUUCAAAUUCACACUCAGUACCACAACAUCAGUGUGUCCUCAACAGCCAACUUUCUUCAAAAUUCAACAGUGUCGGGCAGCCAAGUUGGAUUUGUUAGUCGUCUUAAAGUAAAUGACAUUCAAGCUACAUGGUUUGUGAGGUCCAAUGCGAACAAGACUAUUAAUACUGUCAUUGUUGCGAGUACUUACACAAAGUAUGAUCCAGUUCCUGGAGGGUGUAAUCAGGUGUAUACAUUGGCUGAGAACCCAAACCUUCAUUUGAGCUACUCCAAGUAUUGGACAGAUGUGACAUUUCCGCUAGCUAGUGAUGGAGCAGCACGGGGUUUUGAACCCAAAGACUGUGACAUGACGCACCUGGAUUAUGACCUGUAUGUAGCAUAUGUGAAAGAAUAUGACUUGAGUGAAGAGUUAUUUAUGUCCACGAUGAAAACCAUGCUGACUGUUAGUGACAUUAUGGAAAAUGGGAGAAAAGUUUCUUCUUUUAACAGUAAAAAUCACCAGAAACCUUAUUUUACUAUACGUUCUGUAGCGGGCCAGGGGGCCGUGUAUGCUGUUUUGGUUGGACAGGUUAAUGUGUCAUCAUACGUUUCCACUGCAACCUAUUCCUGUGAUAUCCAAAAACGUGACGAAUGCCAGGCAAAAGAUUCAGUAUUUGACAUUAUCAUUGUGCUUUUCUGUGGAGCUGCUGGCCUUUUUCUGUGUUUUGUGGGGCAUCGAUUUUUCAAAACUGAACUCUUUAUUUUGGGCUUUGUAGCAUUCUUCCUAAUAUUUUACAUCAUCAUGGUCACAUAUUCAGAUAUGAUGGAUGCAGUGAUGCUUGGCAUCAGUGUAGUGCUGGGAAUUGUGGGUGGACUGCUGUACUUCCUGCUGUGGUUUUUCGUCGGUUUCCCCGUGAUUUCCGUGCUGUUCGGCAGUCUCGUCGCAGGAUACGUCUUCUCAAGUGUACUCUUCUUCACACCAUUUGGUAACUUAUCAUACUGGCAGACAAACUUUAACUAUGGAAUGACAUUUACCUGUGGGGUUCUUAUCGUUCCUGGAAUAUUAAUUUGCUUCACUAAAACCCUGAACAUUCUGACUUGCACUUUUGUUGGCUCCUAUGGUGUUGUGGUCUGUAUAGACUAUUUCUUGCACAGCAGUUUAAAGUACAUCAUACUCAACUCCAUCCGACAUAGCACAGUUCCAGGAUACCUCUCGGUUUUAGUAGUGACUCCGUUUGAAGUGAAUGAUAUCAUUCUAAGCUGUGUUUGGGUGAUUCUCUUUGUUGUCGGAUCAGUUUUCCAGUUCUCACAACACAAAGGCAGAGCGCCGUUCCCACCGUGUCCCUACAAGAAAAUGUUUAAACGACCGAGGCAAGAGCUCAGUUCACCGCAGUUGAUAUCACACUCGGCACUUCGUCCUGAAGAUCAAAGAAGCGAAGAGAGACAAACUCUGUUGUCAAAUGAACCAGAUAUUCACUCCACCGAUUAUCAGUCUAUUUCACCCAGUGGAAUAAACAGACCAGCCUAAAAUUGUGUUAAGAAAAAUAUUGGUAUUUUUAUAUUUUAAAAGAAAAUUGAUUAUUGGAAACAAAUCAAAUGCUUUAUUGCUUGAUAGAUAAUCUUCGAUGCACAGCCUAACUAUCUGGGCUGUUUGUACAAAAGAAAGGAGUGUUAAAGCAAGAAGACUUGCACCAUCACUUGGUGGCCAUACAUCAUGUGAUGAAAUUCUGGAGUCUGACGUUUUGAAAUCAUAGCAUGUUAUAAGGGCUUUGCAAUGGCCUAAAAUAUUCUAUGUCCUUCCAAGUUAUGCUAUCGCACAUUGCAUAGUCGCUUCAUUUUGAAGUGAUGCUUGUUAAGUUUGUAAAAAUAUAUUUUCCUAUUGGCAUUGAAUCAUUGUAAAAUUGUGGGGGUGAAAUCCGUAAAAUCCUUAUAAAUUAAAAAAAAGAGUAAAGUAAUGAAAAGUCAUGAAUUUCUUUUCAUAUGAGUUUGUAUGUAAACAAAACCUCAGCAGUUACCAAAUUGCUGUAAACUUAAAAUUCUAUGACUUUCCAGGCUUGAAUAAAAUAGUAAAUCUGUUACUAUACUCUUAACCAGAAAAGGAACAUGAUUAUUUUAACAUAUUUUUGUUCAGUAUACAUUUAUUUAGUUUUAUUAAUGCAAAUUGUUGACUAAUUUUCCAAAUUGUCACCCGAUCCAAACUAUACUCCUGUAAAUUAAUUGAGCACCACCUGAGCUGCAUUGUGGCCCCCAAAAAGCACCUACAAGUAGUUGUCUGUGCCAGUGAGGUUUAAAAUAAGAGAUGUUAUAUAUUCUCUAUCUACUGGGUAUUUAACAAGAUCACGCGAAUAAACUACUUAUGAAAAGCAUACCCAUGUUAUUCCAUGGUGAAUUAUUAUACAGUUUUAUGCAUAUUUACGGUUUCUAGCUUUUCCCCUAGAACCCAUUAAAUAUUGGUCUAACGUUAAUGUCACUUGCUGUCAAUUGUUUUCAAUGUUCUCUGUAUACACUGCACAUUAAUUUCAGUGGUUAGUUAUCUGAAAUGUUCACAAUUACUUGCGAAGUUUAGGUUACACAGUCAAAAGUAGGUGAUGCAUAAUUAAUUUUCAGGUGUAUAUAAUAUAUGCUGUAUGGGUAUGUCUGUUUUAACUUUAUUUUUGUGCAGCUUUGAAUUAAGAUUCAUGCAGGCUGUCCUGAGAACACGUCUCAGGAUUCGAACCCAGUACCUACCAGCCGUAAAGAGACUACCCUAAGUUUGCUGCCAUUAUAACAUUACAUAUUAAAUACAAAUUCUUGUCAACAGUGUUAGUGUUUAUAUAUGCAAUAUAUCUCUUGUUAACCUAAUGUUUGUAGUGGCACAAACUGUAUUUUAUCUCCAAAUAAUUUUUUUACUUAUGAACAAAAUUAUAUUAAGAAGUAAAAAUUUUAAAUUCAAAGCUGCUACAAACGUUUUAAUGACCAGAAACACAUUCGAUAGACAACAACUGAUAUUCUUAAAAACAGUAAACUGAAUUCAAUAUGUAACUUUAUCUGUUAAAAAGGAUUUAUUACCUGUAUGUGGAAAUACGUCACAAAGGUCAGAUAUGCCAGGUGGUGUCGUGGUUAAGCCAUCGGACAUAAUGCUGGUAGUUACAGGGUUUGCAGCCCAGUACCGGCUCCCACCCAGAGCGAGUUGUAACGAGUCAGUGGAUAGGUAGGUGUAAGACCACUACAUCCUCUUCUCUCUCACUAACCACUAAUAUCGCAGAUAGCUGAGGUGUGUGCCCAGGAUAUUAGCAUGAAAAUCAGUUAUAAUAAAAUGUGAUGAAGAUGGAACAUACAGUUUUCUUUCUCCUUGGAAUUACAAGAACAUGGGUAAAAACACAACUUGGAUACUUUUUAUGAACCCCUUAAUACUACAUUGUACUGAUAAUAUUGGAGUGUUGAAAGCUUAUUGUUGAUUUUUACUAUGUUGAAUUUAUUUAUUAUUUAAGUGCUCAACUUGUUAUACAUAUACUUUGCUUUUAUAAACCACAUUUUUCCAAAUAUAACCUCAGAAUUAUCUGCUUAAUACGUAUGAAUAUAAUAUUAAUAAUUUAAUUAAGUAUGAUGCACCAAUAUCUUUAACAAGCUAAAUGUCAGGUUUUAAGUUGGUGUUUGCCAAAUGUGAAUUGAAAAUGAAUUUGGUAAAUAUGUCAACAAAUCUAGUUUAAAAAUGAAGUAAACUCAAUCCUUUAAAUACAGAUAUCUGUUUUGUGUUUUGUUUGACAGUACGGAUAUUUGAGUUUGGUUAAUGAUUGUUUGACAAAAUUCAUCAAAUUGUUACUAAUAAUUUAGGUCCAGCUUAAAUCCUGAAUUGUACAUGAACUUGUUUAUUUUAUUUUCCUUAUUGAACUGCACUAUUCAUUUAUGUUGAAAUUUUGAAACUGCUAUAUUCAUUCUGUUUAAAACUCAUCAUGUGCCAUAUUAUUAUGGUUUCUUUAUCCAUAACAAAAUAAAAGAAAAUUUAUUUGUAAUUUGUAUAACAGUUUGGCUACUGAAUUUGACUAAACUUGGAGGGGUGGGUGGGAAAAAGUCUGUUAUCAAAUAGAAUGGAUGAGAAUAUCUGUAAUGGAGAAGGCAAGACGUAAUGUGAUAAAAAAGACAGAAGUACAUUUUUUGACUACCAUUCUUCAUCAAUAAUACACAGUGAGGGAGAAAAACAUUUUUCUCAAUAUUUAAUGAAGAUAUUAGUGCCUAGCAAAAACUGAUUUGUUAUAAAAGAAAAUCAAAUGAAAACAAACUUAAUUUGUGAUGUUAGAUUUAUGAUUAAUUCAAUUUUAUUUUUUUAAUUAAUAAAUUUCAAAAAUAUUUGUUAAAAUACACAGAUGUGACUAUAACCAAAGUUUCUUUGAUGGACUUCAGUUUGCGACAAAGCAAAAUUAUCAAAAACUUCACUUAGACAGACUAAAACUAAUGACAGAAAAUCACAUAACCUUUCGUCUUUAGUUCACCAACUGAACUAUUUAUCCAGUCUAUGAAGUUGUCACUCGUAUAACAGUGGGGAGCAUGAAUUGUUCUCUGCUUAUUAAAGGUUAACUCUGGCACUCGCUAAAUUCGACAACUGCAAAUUUUAAAAACAAUUUGAAAAUUUUACUUUAAUUUGGCUAAAUAAUUUCAUGUAAUUAUUACUAUUUUGUUAGAUAAUAACGGAGUUUUUAUCAUUUCUAAAGUUUAAUAGAUAAUUUGGCUCUGAUUAUUUAACAAUCGUUGUAUUAUUCUGAUGAGGUUUCUAGAGCAUAAAAUGUACUUUGAGUCAGUUGUGUAAAGAAUAAAAGUAGAUGUUGAAGGCAACACAACUUUACAGAAGUGGUCUUUGUCCAGGUAAAGCCGAACCUCUGUUAAGCAGCCACCAAAGGGAGUAUCAGAAUUUGGCCUUUUAAGACAGAUGACUGGGUAAUACAUCAAUAAUACUAAAUGAGUGGCCAUUUGACACCAUUUAUCUUACGAGUUGUUUUAAAACGUAUCCAACAAGCGAGAGUUGGAUGUUUGUGAAUGAAUUGUAAGAUGAAUGUUUGUGAAUGAAUUGUAAGAUAAAUGUUAUUUAAUGGACACAAAUGUGGUAUUCUAUUGCUUACAUGUCCUAAAUUUAAACAAGUUUUCCAACUAAAACUUGUUUUACGGCCCUAGCGGUUUGUAGUUAACUUAUGCAUCAGACAAGUAAAUUUCAGGUUAACUUGUUGGUCAAUUUCGAUCAUGCUUUUUUUUCAUUGGAUGGUAUGGCAUUGGCAGCCUGUUCAUCACCUAAGAGCAGCCAAUCGAAUGUCUUUAAAUUGUUAUCACAUGUAUGUGUGUUAACAGUACGUGUUAUCCAAAUAACAAAUUUUGUUCUCACCAAUGGGUGUGUAAGAAACAUCAAUCUAUACUAGUGUGGGUGGGACCACUGGGGCGGUUGCCCCGGCACAAAAUUCUGAACUGGUGGAAGGGACUCUGGGAGUGCUAACGGUCCACUGGUUAGGGGGCGCAAUACUUGCCUUGCCCCGGGCGCUGGCAACCCACGCUACACCACUGAUCUGUACUAUAUUGGUCUAAGAUUAUUUCGGAGAAUAUAAAUGUGUCCUCUAAGCACAGGUGACUGCUUAUUACAGGGAGAUUGCUAGAGCAGGUUUGACUAUUGGUAUGCAAUCUUUUAAAUAUUGGUGCCAUUUAUAUGCAGUAUUCUGGUGACCAUUUAUUAAAUUUAGUACCAAAUGGUUAGAAUUUAUUUUGUUAAAUGGCAUUGUGUAAUGGUGCAUGUAGUUUACAACAAAUAAAAUAUUUUUCUUAACCCAUUUAUUUUUAUAAUAAUAAAUUGCUAUUUUUCAAA